GAACAGCGAACAGAUGCCUGCCGGGAGGCCAACAUUAUGCCACCUGUGUUCCAAAUUGUCUCUGAUCGGCGAGGGGGACGCACGGCUUGGUCCAGCCGGGUGGCCGUCCACGGGCGCACGCUCUCGGCUCGGUUCUGGUACGACGGGAAGAACCUAAACAACGCAAAGGAGGACGCCGCCGAAAUAGCG